AUGUUAACAUCUGCAUGCUAUGUUGUUCUUUUCAUUUUGUGUUUCGUUUAUAGUUAUUUUCCGACUAUGAAGAUGAUCACAAAGAUCAGUGAGGAAGUAGAUGAUAUGUACAACGCCCAUUGCCACGCUGGUUCUCUCAGUCGACCUGCAAUCAUCGAUAGUCUAAGAAAAACAUUGCAGUCUAAAUCAGUAUUCGAGGCAGAACAACCAGUAUGUGUAGCAGAUUUCGGAACUGCAGAUGGGCGUGCAUCUCUUUCUCUAAUGAAAGAAAUAAUUGAAAUUAUAAAACAAGACUGUGGGCAAGAACAAACAAUAGUGGUGUGCUUUAACGAUCAACCUACGAACGACUUCUGUCGGCUGAGUCAGGUUAUCCAAGGCUUCGAACAAGGGUUGAGGUUACCUGCCUACAGUAACAUAUAUCCAGUGAUGAUACCGAGGACAAUGUAUGAGCAAUGUCUUCCCGACAAUUCUGUGGACCUGGCUAUUUCUAGUGUAGCUACACAUUACUUAUCUAAACGAAUAUGCUACAUCAAACAAGGUGCCAGCAUUGCUUAUGCCGAUGAAAAUGAAGAACGUUUGAUGAAAGAACAAGGAAAGGCUGACUGGAGGGCGUUUGUGAUAUCUAGGGGAAAGGAACUUAAACCUGGGGGAUUUCUGAUAACUAUGAACAUAUCAGCAGACACCAAGAAUGAGAAGCCUUUUUCGGAAUUAUACGGAAUCAAACACUUGGCAAGUUUUGUGACAGAUAUGGCAAGAGACGGAAUCAUCACACAGGAGGAAUACCUUGCUACAAAUUUAUGUACCCAGGAAAUAAGAACAGAUGCCGAUUUUAUGGAGCCUUUCACUAGUUGCCUGACUGAGAUACAAGAUCUUGGACUAGAGCUUGUAUCAAUAAAACCAUUUAAACACUUUUUGCAACACCAAACCUUUGACAUCGUUCAGAAAGAUGAUAAAGUUAAGCUUGAAUACUCCCGGCAAAUAGUGGCUUUUGCCUAUCCCUGGAUGUAUCACGUGAUUUACGAAGGCUUGUCUGAUAAUCGGACAGAGGAAGACAAACAGACAAUCACCGACCAAUACUUCAGCAGAAUACAGAAAUACGCAUUUGAUCAUUCGGACUUCAGACCCUUCCUAAAUCUCACGGAAGUGAUCAUAAAGAAAACACAUAGAAAUUAA